CCCCCUUAUUCAAGAAAGAGAGGAGGUUUACAAUAUCACACACAAGAUAGUUCAUUUUCGUUGUCACGACUGGAACUAGGGUCAUACAUGCCUAAUCCGUCGACGUCCAGGCUUCUCAAUAGGUCCUGUACGUACAUUCAUGGCUGGGGUUGCAAAGACGUGCUGCAGAAAGUGGACGCUUGUGACAGAACGCCCGUUGAAGAAAGCACUAUUCUGUGCUUUUCGGGGCAUUCGAGCGAAGUGAAAGAAUAUGCGCAUUCCUACCACGAAAAAGUGAUUAGGACAGGCACUGCUGCCGCAUACGUAGAUCCCACCUCAAGUAGCCCCCCUUCAGAUAUUCAAUGUCCUGCGCUCUUUCUGUUAAAUACACCAAGACAAGAUAUGGCAUGCAGCAAAGUUGAAGAGAUCGUUGAGAAGAACCUCCAAACAGUCGCAUCGACCGCUAUACUAAAUGACACUACAGCUAAGUUAUCUCCACCUCGAAAGGCAUGCGAAGAGGUCAAGUUGACAAUCACCGAGAACGACAUCAUCCAGUGCUUAAACAGAGUCGUAGGACCAAGUCGAGCCAUAGCUGUAGAAGACAACAGGAAGUUACCAGAAGCAAAAGCUACGCAGGAGGCUGUGUGCGGUUACGACUUGAUGCAAGACGUGCUUUUGAACGAGGGCUUCCUAAGUACCAGUGAGGUUUCCAAAGUUGAUAUUAAUCCCAAAGGAAAUUCCACCGCGCCUAAAGCUGAUCUGGAAGCAUUCAGUCAGCCACUUUCGCGCCUACGAAGAGGCGACUUGAAAAAUAUCCUGAAGGAAAUUUUGGAAGAAGAGUACGCCCAUGUUCUUCAGCUCGCAACACAUGGGGUGCCGUCGAUCCAGAGCACAACGGCUCCUCCGGUGCCUUUCGAACACGAAAACUUGCUAGCGCUCACCCAUGAGCCAUUGGAAAAGGUGAAUAGGGAAAGCUCUGGUACUUCGACACGCAACAAGCUUAUUGCUCCAGAAUCACCAUCGACGAACUCUGUUAAACGAGAGUAUGAAUUUACAACUGCGCGGUCGAGCGGUGAAGCUAACACAGCGGAUGGAUUCGGCCAGCAGCCGUCAUCAGGAACUCGGCAAACUUCUUCAUCUUCGAAAGACUCACCUGGACAAACGACGACCACGGCUACGACAGCUGACAACACAGUUACGCAAGAAACAUCGUCGACAUCUACGAGAAGGUUUUACACGGAAUUAAGCUUCCCAGACGUGGACAUUCAUGGACCUGAUGGUGACGCCCCCGGGAGUGAGAUUUCGUCGUCAGAGGAUACCACCACUGCUGCAAUGACGACGACUCAGACGACGGAAGAUAGCUUGGAUGAAGACGGUUAUGUUCACUUGGAAGAGAAAGAAAUGACGAAGUUCUUAUCUCAAGUUACUGUCGUUAAUUCAUCGGAAUCUAACAUAGUGUCUAACGAUUGCGAAAAACCUCGUCGUUCUGUUGAUACGCGAUUCCCAUUUAGCCCGAGAAGGCGACGACCACCUGAAAAACAUCGAGAUCAAGACACUAAAACAAUGAGCUGGGUCCCUCCGAUUCCUAAAUUGCUCCUAAAAGAAUACAGGAAAAAUGUUCUCAAGAACGCAGCAGGAGUACAACAUAUGACACCCGAAGUGACACCCUCUCAACACCACACGCGCGAAGGCGCGAUUGGAAAUACCGUACCUCUGGAGGAAACGACGUCUUCUCCUCCCGACGGCAACACCGCCAGAUGGACUGAGCCAUUUCGAGAAGAAUAUCGUGACACCGAGAGCACAUAUGCAAACUACACCACCACGGGAGUUGCAGUCGAGAGAUUUUCGUCCGUGUCAGGCAGCAAAACCGAUGACUCGAGAGAAGGUGGACAAAGAGACCGGAAAAGUGGCUUCACCAACGCAAAACGAACGAGGCCGAAAUCUGCGUCAUUCCACGGCAUCCUUCCAUCCGACAGACUAGGCAGCGUUGAUGGUGAACCUGCUUUCGUCCCGCGUUCCAAGUCGUAUACAGAAUAUUGGCUUAGGACUGUUUCCCUCUACAAGGAAGUCUCAUCCUGCCAAAUCUCACCUUCAACGGAUCCUUCGGGCGACGUUAUGGAAACCGAAUCCAUGGCUCAUGUGCUGCAUGGCUUGGACGGCACAAGACAGGGAACAACGUUGGAGGAGAUCGACCUCGAAAACUUCAUUCGCGAAAACCAGAUGAAUCCACUUCUGAAGGCUUUCUUGUACAUGCAUAAAACGGCGUACCAGACAUCUGUGACGCGGGAUACACCCAAGUCAACCACGUACGUGAGUUACGACUUACAAGGUACGCCCAUUUCUUCUAAUGUCCCGCAACCAUAUGAACCGAACGAGAUUAUACCGAAGACGGACUACCCGACUUCACUAGAAAUUAAACCACCAAAUAUCGAAACCGACAGGAAGAAAUCAUCCAGUUUGCAGCCCAGCGCAGACUACCGCAUUAUUCCAGCUCUUCCACAGUGCGAAAGUACGUCGGAGGCAACAAUCAUUCUCGACUGCGACCGGGGCAGGCGCUUUUAUAAUACGGAACGUCCAAGUGAGGUCUUCUCACCCAACGGUGCAACCACCAUCGCAGAGCAAGCCAGUUUCGAAGACAGCUCUAGCAGCGGUCCUCCAAAAUCGCUCAAGAAAACGCUGCGAAAAACAGCGCCGUACCGUACGCCGUUCCCUCUCUGCAGCAGUUCGCGGUCGAGCGCCGUGGCUCCGAUCAGUCUCAGAAUGUUGAGACGUACGAACUCGACGGAAUACAUGACGCCGUCUAUGACACAAGGUCGUAGCCGAAUAGGGAAUUCCGUCGAAGAGGAGAAACCGUUGAAGAAGUGCGUGAGCGCCCUUUCGUACCUUGAGAAAAACCGUCUUUGGAAACCGGACUCGUUGCCCUUUCAGCGGUGGCUGAACGCGGCCAGGAGGGCGUCGUUAAGGCCUGGCGAUGGAGGGUCUGUCCUGGAUGCGUCGGGACGCCCGUCUUCGCAAGAUAUGAUAACGUCGAGCGAGUCGUCUGAGGAGGAAGAGAUGCAUAGCUUGGCGUCUACUACGAUGCAAACUAUGGACGAAGCUGGUACGGAAGGCGAAGAAAUAGCUUGAAGUGUUCAUCGUUAUAAUAAACCAAUGUAUAGUGGA